GCGCGGAUUUCUGCGCACUCGCCGCCGACGCCGACACUGUCUGGGACACCGUGCUCAUCGAGGGGCCCAUGCAGGAGUUUUGCUACUGGGCCUUUUGGGUCUGGAGGUGGUGUGUCUUGGUGCGGGUGCGGAACUGCUGGGAGCUGCGCAUCUACGCGGACGAG